UAACGGUCCAUAUGUUUCUCUAAGCUCUCGUUGUUCGCUUAUUCCUCUAUAAAUAGUGCCCUUCGAUCUUCAGAAGCGCUUCCCGGAGUCCACGGCCAAGUCCACUGGUGCUUUCCUCCGAGAAGAUCGGAAGGAAUGGGGUUUUUGAAUCUAUGAUGUGUUGUUCUUCUUUGUGAUCGUGAAGAGGUUUCUUCGAAUUCGGAGAUGGAGAGGAGGAUUGGUGCUAGGGUUUUUGGUUUGGUAUUGAUCGUUGUCUUCUUCUUGAGCCUUGCUGUUGGUUCCGGUGCUGCCGAGAGUCGCAGGCCUAAGAAUGUCCAGGUCUCGCUCCGGGCCAAGUGGCCGGGUACCCCAUUGCUUCUUGAAGCUGGUGAGUUGCUGUCGAAAGAAUGGAAGGGCUUAUUUUGGAAGUUUGCUGAAGGCUGGAUGCAGUCAGACAAGGCUUCUGAGUGUUCUUCAGCCAAAUGCUGUGUUCAGAAGAUUGUUGAUGACGGGCGUGCACUGCUAAGUGAGCACUUGGGCUCAGUCUUGGAGUUUUCUCUUACUCUUCGUUCGGCUUCUCCAAGACUGGUGCUUUACCAGCAGUUGGCUGAGGAUUCAUUAUCAUCUUUCCCCAUGGAAGAUGAAGGCAAUGGUGAAGAAAGAAAGAGUUGUUGUUGGGUAGACAAUGGUAGUACCUUGCUUUUUAAAGUUUCGGAGCUAAGGCCAUGGCUAGACUCGACCAAACAUGCCUUGGAUACUCCAGAACAGCCUGAGCUCUUUGACUUUGAUCAUAUAUAUGUUGGUUCCAAUGCUUCUGCACCAGUUGCUAUUUUAUAUGGAGCUCUUGGGACCGAAUGCUUCAGUGAGUUCCAUGCUGUACUUGCGGAAUACGCGAAGAAGGGUAAAGCUAAGUAUGUGGUUAGACCUGUAUUACCUUCUGGUUGUCAAGCCGUGACCAGCUAUUGCGGGGGUAUUGGUACAUCAGAUGCAGUACAUUUGGGUGGUUAUGGAGUAGAACUUGCUUUGAAGAAUAUGGAGUACAAAGCAAUGGACGACAGUGCAAUAAAGAAAGGUGUUAGUCUGGAGGAUCCCAGGACUGAGGAUCUUAGUCAAGAAGUUAGAGGAUUUAUAUUUUCCAAGAUCUUGGAACGCAAGCCUGACUUAACUGCUGAGAUAAUGGCCUUCAGGGACUACUUAUUAUCGUCAACAAUAUCAGAUACGCUGGAAGUCUGGGAACUGAAGGAUUUAGGUCAUCAAACAGCCCAAAGGAUUGUGCACGCUUUGGAUCCUUUACAGUCUAUGCAGGAAAUCAAUCAAAAUUUUCCCAGCAUAGUUUCAUCAUUGUCCCGAAUGAAGAUCAAUGAUUCUAUUAAGGAUGAAAUAAUUGCAAACCAGCGGAUGGUCCCUCCUGGGAAAUCUUUAAUGGCUCUGAAUGGUGCUUUGAUCAAUAUUGAAGAUAUUGAUCUUUACCAAUUGCUUGAACUUGUCCAUGAAGAACUAUCUGUGGCUGAUCAGUUUUCAGAAUUGAAGAUUCCUCAAGAUGCUGUUCUGAAGCUGUUGAGUGCAGCACGUCCUUCUGAGUCUAAUGCAUUCCGUGUUGACUUUCGUUCAACUCAUGUUCAUUACCUUAAUAACUUGGAGGAGGAUGCUAUGUAUAGGCGGUGGAGGAGCAACAUCAAUGAGAUUUUGAUGCCUGUCUUCCCUGGUCAGCUUCGGUACAUCCGCAAGAAUCUAUUCCAUGCAGUUUAUGUUAUUGAUCCUGCAACAUCAUGUGGUGCCAAGACAAUUGACAUGAUCCUAUCAAUGUAUGAGAGUAGCAUCCCAAUGAGAUUUGGAGUAUUGCUGUAUUCCUCAAAAAUGAUCAAGCUUAUUGAAGAAGGCCGUGAACUUCCUGCAGCUUCUACCAUGCAUGACAGCCAAAAAGUUGGAGAGGAUAUAUCGAGUUCGAUCAUACAACUUUUUCUGUACAUUAAGGAGAACUACAGCAGUCAGUUGGCAUUCCAAUUUCUGAGCAAUGUAAACAAGUUAUGGCAUGCUGGAGAAGAUACUGAUGACGACGUCCUUGAAAUGCAUCAUGUUGAAGGGGCGUUUGUUGAAGUUCUUCUAUCCAAGGCUAAAUCUCCUCCUCAAGAGAUGUUACUAAAAAUAGGAAAGGAAUCAAAAUAUAAAGUGGAAGCUGAAGAAAGUUCCCGUUUUGUUUUCAACUUAGGGUUAUCUGAGCUACAUUGCUGCUUAUUGAUGAAUGGGCUUGUCCAUGAGUCCAAUGAGGAGGCUUCUAUAAAUGCUAUGAAUGAGGAACUCCCCAGAAUUCAGGAACAAGUUUAUUAUGGACAUAUCAGCUCACAUACAGAUAUCUUGGAAAAAUUUUUAUCUGAAAGUGGCUUUCAGCGCUAUAAUCCUCAGAUUAUUGGUGAAGGAAAAGGCAUGAAAAGAUUUGUCUCACUCUUUCCGACUUAUCUUCAAAAGGAAUCAAUACUAGGAGAUGUCAAUUAUUUACAUUCGCCAGGAAUGGCUGAUGAUCUGAAACCAGUAACACAUCUGCUUGCUGUUAAUGGUGCAUCAAGGGAAGGGAUUCGAUUGUUGCGUGAAGGACUUCAUUUCUUGAUGGGCUCAUCUAAAAGAUCUCGUGUUGGCAUAAUAUUUCACCUCAGUGAUGGAGCUGUAUCACCUGCACUACUUUUGGCAAAGAUAUUUGAGAAAACCACAUCCUUGUUCAGUCACAAGGAUAAAGUCUUGGAAUUCUUGGAUCAAGUGUGCUCCUUCUAUGAAGGUCAAUAUGUGUCAAGUCCAUUUUGGGAUUCCAAUAGUCUCAAAUUAUUUGCAGAAAAAGUCUCUGAGCUAGCUGAGGCAAAUGCUUUACCAUCAGAGGAUUAUAAAACAAUUAUUUCAGGUAUUUCAGAGGAUGCAGUAAGACUACAAAUGGAAAAGGUGUCAAGUUUUCUCUAUGGGCAACUUGGUCUUGAAUUUGGCAUUAAUUCUGUGAUUACAAAUGGAAGGGUAAUUGUUCCUGUUGAAAAUAAGCCAAUCUUAAGUGCUGAUUUUAGCCUUUUGGAAUCUGUGGAGUAUGAACAACGGAUAAAAUACAUUUUAGAAGUUAUUAAUGAAGUUGAGUGGGUGGAUAUCGACCCUGAUGACUUAACCAGCAAAUUUUAUAGUGAUGUUAUCAUGCUUGUCUCGUCUGCAAUGUCAACACGCGAGCGCAGCACUGAACGGGCUCAUUUUGAAAUUUUAAAUGCAAAAUAUAGCGCUAUUGUUCUUGAAAGUAAGAAUUCUAGCAUACAUAUUGAUGCUGUUAUUGAUCCAUUAAGUCCCUCUGGUCAAAAGCUUUCUCCGCUUCUCCGUAUACUGUGGAAAUGCAUUAAGCCAAGCAUGAGAAUUGUCCUUAAUCCAAUAAGCUCUCUGGUUGAUCUUCCUCUAAAAAAUUACUACAGAUAUGUUGUUCCCUCAAUGGAUGACUUCAGUGCUGUUGACCAUGCAGUAAAUGGCCCCAGAGCAUUUUUCGCAAAUAUGCCACAAUCUAAAACCCUCACUAUGAAUCUUGAUGUCCCUGAGCCAUGGCUUGUUGAGCCAGUGAUUGCCAUCCAUGAUGUGGACAAUAUUCUGCUGGAGAACAUAGGUGAAAUGAGGACAUUGCAAGCUGUGUUUGAACUUGAAGCACUUCUUUUGACAGGCCAUUGUUCUGAGAAAGACCAUGAGCCUCCCCGUGGACUUCAAUUAAUUCUUGGAACCAAAAGAAUGCCUCAUGUGGUGGACACACUUGUUAUGGCUAAUUUAGGCUACUGGCAGAUGAAACUCUCUCCUGGUGUAUGGUACCUGCAGCUUGCACCUGGUAGAAGUUCGGAUCUUUAUGUACUGAAUGAUAGCAAUGACGACGAUCAAUCUUAUCCUUUAUCAAAGCGCAUUGUGAUAAAUGAUUUGAGGGGUAAGCUAGUGCACAUAGCGGUAAAGAAGAAACCAGGAAAGGAGCAUGAGGAAUUACUUGAUGCUUCUGAUGAUGCCAACCCAACAGAAAGAAAGAAGGGAAAUAGUAAUAGCUGGAAUACUAACUUGCUGAGAUGGGCAUCUGGAUUUAUUGGUGGCAAUGGGCAGCCAAGGAAACCAAAUGAGAUUAAUGAGGUGCAGAAAAAGGGUGGAAGACAUGGGAUAACAAUAAAUAUAUUUUCAAUAGCUUCGGGACAUUUGUAUGAGAGGUUUCUAAAAAUCAUGAUACUUAGUGUUUUUAAGAAUACUGAACGACCUGUAAAAUUUUGGUUCAUAAAGAAUUACCUCUCUCCACAGUUUAAGGAUGUUAUACCUCACAUGGCACAAGAGUAUGGUUUUGAAUAUGAGCUCAUCACUUACAAAUGGCCAACCUGGUUGCACAAGCAGAAGGAGAAGCAGAGAAUCAUCUGGGCUUAUAAAAUCUUAUUUCUUGAUGUUAUUUUCCCACUCUCUCUUGAAAAGGUAAUUUUUGUUGAUGCGGAUCAAGUUGUAAGAGCAGACAUGGGAGAACUUUAUGACAUGGAUAUAAAAGGGAGACCUCUUGCUUAUACCCCAUUUUGUGACAAUAAUAAGGAAAUGGAUGGCUAUCGCUUUUGGAGACAAGGUUUUUGGAGGGACCACUUACGCGGGAAGCCAUAUCAUAUUAGUGCUUUGUAUGUUGUGGACUUGGUGAAAUUCCGGCAAACAGCGGCUGGAGACACAUUGAGGGUGUUCUAUGAGACUCUUAGCAAGGACCCUAACAGUCUUUCCAAUCUUGAUCAGGAUCUACCAAACUAUGCUCAGCACAGUGUGCCCAUAUUUUCACUUCCCCAAGAAUGGCUCUGGUGUGAAUCCUGGUGUGGUAAUGCUACCAAAUCCAAAGCGAAGACAAUAGACCUCUGUAACAAUCCAAUGACGAAGGAACCCAAACUUCAGGGUGCCAGGAGAAUCAUUCAUGAAUGGCCAGACCUGGACGCGGAAGCCAGGAGAGUCACUGCUAGGAUCUUCGGCGAAGAGAUUGAAGCCCCGGAAUCUAUUACCCCAUCACCAGUUCAGCCUGAUGGUUCAACUAACACUGACGACGAAGAUGAUACGGAAUCUCGAUCAGAGUUGUGAGAGUUUUAUAGUUAAGUUAUAACUGUCCGCUCCAAUCAGCACUGCAUCAGGGUUCUCACAAUGUGGUUCCCAAGUUUCCCUAUUAUUUAUGCACUGUACCAAUUGUACAUGCAGGGAUAAAGAUAGAUAUACCAUUCUGGGCAGAAGCUGAUGCUUUUGUAAACGGACCAUGUUACUCUUUAUUGUUGCACAUUAGAAUUCACUGAUUAGCACAAUUUUGACUAUAUAAAUGUCUUUUAAAGGAGAGGAUGUUAGAACUGGUAAAAUUUAUGACAUUUUUAAACGUAAUUGACUCGUGAAGUUAAUGAAUUAUUGGUAUUUA